AAAAAGGGUGUGUCUCCCAGAAGCUGAAAAACGAAAGCAUUCCAACUGUGAAAGAGUGAACUUUGAAACAAAGUGUGUUUAAUUUCAGCAUCUUCUUAUUGAGAAAAUAUAUGCAUCUUAAAAUAAGUAUGAUGGCUGUUUGUGUGACGCUGCUGAUUUUCAACAGCUUUAUGGAAUAUCAAACAGAGCAAUUAAAGUUGGUUGGUCCAGAAGCGUCUCUUUAUGCUGUAGCUGGUGAAAAUCUGGUCCUUCCUUGUUUCAUCAAACCCAACACCAGUGCUGUGGACAUGACAGUGGAGUGGCUGAGGAUAGAGGAAAUGCCCUUAUUAGUGCAUCGCUACAGGAAUCAUGAGGACAGAUAUGAAAAGCAGACUCCAUCAUACAGAGGAAGAACAUCACUGUUUAAAGAGGAGCUGAAAAAAGGCAACGCUUCACUCAAACUCUCACCUGUCCAAGCCUCUGAUGAAGGAAAAUAUAAAUGUCUCAUUGAGGACAAAUCUUGGUAUGAUGACAUCAUUGUUCACAUCAUGGUCGAGGCUCAGGGAAGCCACCCAGUGUUCAGGAUGGAGAGUUAUGAUAACUCAGGAGGGGUUAAUCUAGUGUGUGAGUCCAGAGGCUGGAGACCUGAACCUGAGGUUCUGUGGCUGAACAGAGAUGGAGACCCUUUGCCUGCUGAAGAGACACAGAUAGACAGAGACACUGAGGGCUUCAGUGUGAAACGCCGCAUCACUGUUCAUGAUUAUAGUGACUCCAACAGAUUUUACUGCAGACUUCAACAAAAACAUCACAUGAUGGAAGCAGAGAUCAUCAUUAACAGUAAAGUCUUUGAGGCUUGGAAGUGGGACGUUGGCAUUUCAGUUUCAGCAUGUCUUAUUGCUGUUGGAGCUAUAAUAACUGCAGUUAUCUGUUACAAAAAAGCCUCAGUGCUUCAAAGGGAAAAGCAAGAAGCAGCCUCAGAGCUUCAGAAGAUGGAGGAAUACACAGCCUCAGAGCUUCAUAAGGUGGAGAAAUACGCAGACUUUUUAAAGAAGAAGCUGUCUUUAGUGGAUGUGACUCUGGAUCCUGAUACAGCUCAUCCUGAACUCAGAGUGUCUGCUGAUGGAAAACAAGUGACACGUGGAGACACACGACAGAAGAAUCUCUCUAAACCCUCUCUAAAAAGGUUUAGUUAUUAUUACAGUGUUGUUGGCAAGCAGAGUUUCUACAAAAGGAGAUUUUAUUAUGAGGUGCAGGUCAGAGAGAACACCUGGUGGACAUUAGGCGUGAUGAGAGAGAGCGUUAACAGGAAGGGGAAAAUUACAUGGUCACCUCAGUAUGGACUCUGGACUGUGGCACUGUCGGGGAAUCAGUACUGGGCUAAAGCUGAUCCUGAUGUCCGCCUCACACUGAGAGAGGUGGAGAAGGUGGGGGUGUUUGUGGAUUAUGAGGAGGGUCUGGUCUCCUUUUAUGAUGUGGAGUCCAGAUCUCAUAUCUACUCUUUCACUGGUCAGUCUUUCACUGAGAAACUCUAUCCAUACUUCUGGACUUGGAACAAUAAACCACUGAUCAUCACUGCUGUUACCGAAUAAAUAAUAAUUUGUGUUAAAUUUGAUUAGAGACUGUUAUUGUGUAUAAAGUAAAAAUAAAAUCUAUAAACAAUUGAAACAUGGAGAGUUUAUAAUGAAGUGUGUUUACAUGAACACAAAUAAUACCAUCAUCAUCUGAUUUUAGCAGUUACAACCAGAUUUUACUAUUAUUAUUAUUAUUAUUAUUAUUACAGCUAUUAUUAGAUUUCUUUAAACUCUUUAAAUAAACACAGCUGUUAGUCCAGUUACUGUUUGUGUUGUUAAAGAAUGUAGACACCUCAUGAAGUUGAGUCAGACACGUCAGUGACGCCGCCAUCUUUGAAAGGGCAAGUUUCCAGCCUGUCACUUCAAUUUACAGCCUUAACUAACAUUUUCUCAAUCUAGGAAUCACCACUUAUUACAGGGUAAAUCCUUGACUGUGUGUGUGUGUGUUAUUGCGUUUUAAAGUUUGAUUUAGUUAUUGAGGUUUAGAGUUCAAAGUUUGAGAUUCUGUUUAAUGCUGUUUGUUUUCUCCUCAACAUCAUGUAAGUUUUAAUAUUGCACUUGUACAUAAUCAUACAUGAAAUUGAUGUAUUUUUAUACAGUUUUUAUUAAUGUGUAAUAUAAUCAGUCAAAACAAUAGCGUCACAGUUUAUAAUCAUUUCAUUCUCAGUGAUGAAAUCUGCAGGAUUUUCACUGAAUCAGAAUAUGACCAGUGUGUGGAGCUGUGUUUGUAUUAGUUGUGCAUGUUUGUAUCUACAGAAACCGAUGAUGGCUGCAACAUAGAAUUUUGGGGGAAAUGAGUUUGUUGCUAUGAAUUGUUCCUGCGGUAACAGCAGUGGCGAUUCCAGCUGGGAAAGGGGGCCUUAACCUCUUCAGUGGCUGGAUUGCGAAGACUGGCUCUUAGCGAAAGAGAAAGUGCCCUGGCAGCUUGUGCAGCCCUUUAGCCACUGUUUCUUGUGCCUCAAUCAAAUGAGUCCAUCCACCUUUGAAGUCCCUGGGGCACAUGACAUAGCCAUCGCAAAUAUGAAUAUGAGCAUGAACAUGUAGGACUUCAGGAAAUUGAAUAUUUAAUGUCUCUGGAUCCACCAUGACCCUGACCAGGAUAAAGCACUUACACUCACAUACCAGUCACAUUUACAAUCAAACUGGUGUACACUGGGUUAUUAACACACACAGCUAAACACAUCCAGUUUGCUUAACUGCUCACGUGCUGUGUAUUUAAGAGGGGUGAUGUGUGAUAUUGCAUCAUGCUCCCACCAUCUCUCAGCCUCCAGAACUCUUCCCUGUUCUGACACCCCGUUGGUGGAAUGAACUUCCUCUACUGUAAAUGUCCGAACAACUGAGCAACUGGCAGUCUACAAACAACUUCUUAAAACCUAUAUUUUCU